AUGAUGGACUAUGGCGGUUAUUUUUCUGCACAUUCCGCCGAACGAAACGCAUUGGAUUCUUCACAUGCUACAAAUCCGUUUCAUCUCAAUGCUAGCUUAGGUUUCGCCGCAACAAAUGCAACAUCUACUGGUAGCACAUAUGGCGCCAAUAUGCAUCAACAGCACUUUUAUGGCCAUUAUGCUAGUUCGUAUGGUCAACUAGCUGAAACAGCUAGGCACCUCGCUGGUACCCAAUCUGUCAUUCCACCAUCAGUCGUGCAAGCAACAUCUUCAUCAUCUUCGCUGUCCAAUGCUGGGAAUUCUUCUACAUAUCGCCGACCAGAUUCGCUGCAAGCAUUCUUUCAAACUGGCCUUCCAUACAAAUUUUAUCACAAUCAAGCAACAUUAUUGCCGGGAACAGAUGCAAUGCGUUCUAACACAGCCAGUUUAAUGGCUGGUAUACCUAGUUCCUCUUUUGUUGGUGCCAUAUGUAAUAAUAGCAAUCCUUGUGAACGCCGAAAACAACGAAGAAUUCGAACAACAUUUACAUCAGGUCAAUUAAAAGAGCUUGAGCGUGCUUUUCUGGAGACACAUUAUCCAGAUAUUUAUACAAGAGAAGAUAUAGCUAUGAAAAUCGACUUAACUGAGGCACGAGUUCAAGUUUGGUUUCAAAAUCGUCGAGCGAAAUUCAGGAAACAUGAAAGAUUGCGAAGGAUAAAGGAAGAGGAAAUGGCAACUGAUGAAAGUGUCAAAUGCAAUGAGUCGUCUUCAGUUCAAAAGCAAAACAUCGAUGAUCAAGCAGAAAUUAAUUCGCAUAACAAUAAUAUCGAAGUUGAAAUUGAUAAUAUAAGUUAA